UACAAUAUUACAAACUAUGCUGUAGAGUGAGUGUAGACUGUAGUCAGCUGUAGUGGUAUAGUUAUUAGGUUAUAAAUUAAUGAUUUUUGACUAAAACACCAAAUAAACAAAUGUUUAACACACCUUUUUUGUUAAAAGAAAAAAGGAAAUGAUAAACAAGGUGUUAUAAAAUAUUUCAGUGAUGGUUUGCUACCUAAGUGUUUAUAAUAUUUAGAAAGAGGAACCUACGAAACGAUAAUAGUCCUCCAAUAAUAAUAAAGUGAUUAUAUAUGUACCUAAAUAAUAAAUUUACUAUGAUGGCUAAAAGAGGUAUUUCGUCAAUUGUACAUAAUAGUAUAAAUUGUUAUAUUAAGUCCAUUUCCGGUAUUAGAACAUCUCAAUUUAAGAGUCUUCACACAGGGAAUGUGCCUACCAAAGAAAUUAAUAUCCCCGUUCAAUGGGGGCAUAUAUCCUGUAAGCUGUGGGGCAAUGAGCACCAGCGACCAAUGCUGGCGUUACACGGGUGGCAGGAUAACGCUGGAACUUGGGACCCCUUAGCUCCAAUGAUUAGUGACAAAUUUCCCAUAUUAGCAAUCGAUUUUAUGGGUCAUGGAUUAUCUUCUUGGAUACCACCAGGUCUUCAAUACUAUAUAUGGGAUUUGCCGAGAUUGAUACUUACCAUAAUGAAUUAUUUCAAAUGGGACAAAGUAUCUCUGCUAGGACACUCAAUGGGCUCAAUUGCUGCAAUGCGAUUCGCCUCAACUUUCCCUGAUGAUGUCGACUUCUACAUAGCUGUAGACAGCCUUAUUUAUGACGAUUACGACUUAAAUCAAGUAGUUGAAAAUUUUCCCAGGAUACUACGUAAACUGCAUCAAGUGCAAAUGUUGCUUGAUAAAGAACCACCAGCAUAUACUAUGGACGAAAUCAAUCAAAAGUGGCAUCUAGGUACAAACAAAUCAGUGGAUAUAGAAAGUGUGAAAUACUUAGCACAGCGAGGUGUAAAGCCUUCUUCAAGUGACCCGAAUAAGUUUUAUUUUUCAAGAGACUCUAGAUAUAAGUACACCCUAUUCAAUCCAGAAAGUAAAAAGUUCGUGGAGACCUUAAUUAAACGUCUAAAAUGUCCUACUUUAUACUUUAAGGGUAUCGACUCCCCAUACGCAUCGGAUCCAUAUUCUGUUGAAAUGAGAGAAGUUGUUGAAAAAAAUAACCCUAACUUUGAAUGUCACUUUGUUCCUGGUACACAUCAUGUACAUUUAAAUAACCCUGAACGAUUAGCACCACAUAUAAUUAAGUUUUUAACGAAGUAUCAAUUUAUUAAGUAAACAAUGAAACCUAAUGAGUGUACAGCUUAUGUCUAGAAAUACUAUCGUUUUUUGUUUGAGUAGUUUCGAAUUUGCUUAGAUAAUUUUAGUCAGUCAUAAACCCUGUUCCACAGGCCUAUCUAGAGGACUUAAUAUUUCGAAAACAACAUCACAUGCAAAUUAUAUUUUACCCUUAAAAUUAGAUGAUAUUCUUCAUGUUGUAUCAUACAGUGUGCUGCUACAGCAGCAACUUUCAAUGAACACAUGUCUAAUAUGAUUGAUAUGAAUGUUUUGUAAGGUGCUGGUAUUGUUUUGAGAUGAUUAAAAAGAGUGACAAUUGAUUUCCACUUCCUCUUAUUCAAUCUCAACUUUUCUGAAGUGUUUGUAAAUUAUUAUGAUAGAAGAGCAUGCUCCCACCUUAAAAGAUUUAACACCUCUCAUGGCCUCUGGUGUUGCAGAUGUCCAUAGGCAGUUGAGUCAUCAAUUUCUAUCAUGACAGCCUCUUGCCCUUCUUAUAUUAAAAAAAAAUUCUACAAUCUAACUAAAAUUUCAUUAUAAUAGAAUAAUAUGCAAUGGCUGAAUGCGCCAACUGUGCAGUGCUAAAGAAUAAAAAAAAUAUACAUUUGACAGUGCACAUUUGUAGGUUACUUGAAAUGUGAUAUGCAAUGUGACGUGAGUAUUAACAUAAAUAAAUAAAUAAUUACCUAUAUUUAAAACUUACUAACAUAAAUAAUUUAUUAAAAUUUAAUUUAAGUAAA